GAACUACUAUAAAUGAAAAAAAGGCUUUUGAUUUAUAUCAAGAAUCGAUUAAAGGUGGAUAUUUAAAAGCAUAUGGGCAACUUGGUGAAUGUUAUAAUAUAGGAAUAGGAACUAAAAUUGAUGAAGAAAAGGCAUUUGACUGUUACAAAAAGGCUGCAGAAGAAGAAAUUAUUAAUCCUGAUAUUUAUUCAUAA